AUGGAGAGUGUGAGAAGGUUGGAGUACAUGUUGGGUGGCAGGAAACUCACCGACCUCUCGAAGUCCACGACACUGUUGUGGGUCAACGAGAAAAAGGUGAAACUGUCCUGGAUGUCCUGGACCGGAGGAAAAACGUACUUAACACUCAAAGGUGUGGAUCAGCGCUUGUCAAAUGAAAAACUGCUGGAUGGAGUUCCUUGGGCAUGUUGCAGAGCAGCUUCUUUCCAAGUUGAGCCUGUUUGUGGAGAAGUGGUGACCACUUACAGCCCCAGUGCUGUGAAAUGUGAAUGGAAGUAUCCUGCUUCUGAUUCAGCUGUCAUGGCUGAACCUCAGCCUGAAUCCAUGCAGUCUCUGGUACCCCACAACUACUACCCCUGCGAUGUCUCUGAAAGUCAACCAGAUGAAGAAAGUGGCAAGUAUGUCACAGUGAACCAGAAGUUGUUUGACUGCAUGCUUGUUGCUGUCCACCUGCCCAUGAGCCAGUGUUGCAGUGGACCCUCUUGCACCCCUUUGCACAUGGAGAGUGUGAGAAGGUUGGAGUACAUGUUGGGUGGCACCUUUGAGUGGCUGGAGAGCUUCAGGUGCUGUGACAACACCCAGUUGCUCUUUUUCCACUUUGACAGGACCUACAGGACCUGGCCUCCUUUUUGCAUGAAUUGUGUGGAUCAGCGCUUGUCAAAUGAAAAACUGCUGGAUGGAGUUCCUUGGGCAUGUUGCAGAGCAGCUUCUUUCCAAGUUGAGCCUGUUUGUGGAGAAGUGGUGACCACUUACAGCCCCAGUGCUGUGAAAUGUGAAUGGAAGUAUCCUGCUUCUGAUUCAGCUGUCAUGGCUGAACCUCAGCCUGAAUCCAUGCAGUCUCUGGUACCCCACAACUACUACCCCUGCGAUGUCUCUGAAAGUCAACCAGAUGAAGAAAGUGGCAAGUAUGUCACAGUGAACCAGAAGUUGUUUGACUGCAUGCUUGUUGCUGUCCACCUGCCCAUGAGCCAGUGUUGCAGUGGACCCUCUUGCACCCCUUUGCACAUGGAGAGUGUGAGAAGGUUGGAGUACAUGUUGGGUGGCACCUUUGAGUGGCUGGAGAGCUUCAGGUGCUGUGACAACACCCAGUUGCUCUUUUUCCACUUUGACAGGACCUACAGGACCUGGCCUCCUUUUUGCAUGAAUUGUGUGGAUCAGCGCUUGUCAAAUGAAAAACUGCUGGAUGGAGUUCCUUGGGCAUGUUGCAGAGCAGCUUCUUUCCAAGUUGAGCCUGUUUGUGGAGAAGUGGUGACCACUUACAGCCCCAGUGCUGUGAAAUGUGAAUGGAAGUAUCCUGCUUCUGAUUCAGCUGUCAUGGCUGAACCUCAGCCUGAAUCCAUGCAGUCUCUGGUACCCCACAACUACUACCCCUGCGAUGUCUCUGAAAGUCAACCAGAUGAAAAAUGCAGCUACCCAGCUCUACCAACCAUGGCAACUUCUCUGGAUGACUGUACCAUGGUGCCAAUGGUAGCCACUCAGAUUUACCAAGACCCAGAUGAGAAGGCAGGAAGUUACAAUGCUGAUGCAUAUGUUCUGGUUCCCUUUGAGCCAAGACAAGAUGUUUUUUGGAACCAGGAAUUGCAUCAGCAUCCAUCAGGAACCAUUGGUGAAGCUGGGGCAUUUAUUGAAGGGGAAGCUUCCAAUGAGCUGCUGAGUAAAAGAGACAUCCGGGAUCCUUCUUCUUCCCCGCCUGAGGCGAUUCCUGUUGUUGCUGCUGCUGCUGGUGGUGAAGCUGGCAACAGGAAGCCGAUGCCGUCGGAGAACCUCAAAAAAACUUUUCAGAUGUUGCUGGGCAAGCCAAAGUUCGAGAGCAGAGGUACUGUUCCCCUGAAGGUGGCUGUUAAGCGAACCUGGGCCGACAAAUACAAGCAUCUUCUGGAAAAGUGCGUCCCCUGA